CUCAGUGAUCGGUUGACUCUUAUCAAGUACCCGUGAUAAGCGCUCCCCUUCCCGGUCAAGGCGCUUUCACUGAUCAUGGGGCAGACAGAGGAGAGGGAGGCAGUCCUGGUGGAUGACUCUACGUUCAUCCAGACAGGCAGCCCACCAGACCGAGAGGCAGUGGGAACCACAGUCAGUCAUUCAUUCAGUGCACGAUGAGCCUGAACGUCCCAGGACUGGUGCUGAUGGUACUCUUCUACCUGCUGGUGCUGGGCACUGGCAUCUGGGCCUCGAUGAAGUCCAAGCGGGUGCAGAAGAACAGCCAGGCAGACCGGACAGAAACCACUCUGCUGGGCAACAGAGGGAUAAGCCUGGCGGUGGGAGUCUUCACCAUGACAGCUACAUUUGUCGGAGGGGGUUUCAUCCUUGGUCUGACAGAGGCAGUGUACACUCCAACCAUGGGACUCACCUGGGCUGUCAUGCCAGUAACAGCAGCCCUGUCUUUCAUUGUUGGUGGACUUUUCUUCGCCAAGACAAUGAGAGACCGAAAAUAUGUGACAAUGAUGGACCCGUUCCAAAUCAAGUAUGGAAAUUUAAUAAGUGGAGUUCUGUCUGUGGCACUGCUGAUAUCGGACUUAAUCUGGGUUACAGGAACUCUAAUUGGUUUAGGUGCAACAAUGAGUGUGAUCCUGGAUAUUUCCUACACUGUUUGCAUUUGGAUCUCUGCCGCUGUAGCCAUCAUCUACACACUGCUGGGAGGCCUCUACUCUGUAGCCUACACAGACAUCAUACAGCUAACCCUCAUAUUCUUUAGUUUGUGGUUAUGUGUCCCCUUCAUCCUGAUGAACCCCCAUUCAGCUGACAUCACUAAGACCGCUUUCAACUUUACCUACCAGGCCCCCUGGAUUGGUUCAGUAGAUAAAGACAGAGCAUGGAGGUGGAUUGAUAACUUUUUAUUAUUGACUCUUGGUAACCUGGGAUAUCAGGACUUCCACCAGAGGACCCUGUCAGCUUCCUCGUCAGCCACAGCCAGGAUCACCUGCUUUAUUGCAGCUCCCCUCAUCUUCAUACUCGGAAUCCCAUCUGUGUUGAUCGGAGCAGUCGCAGCAUCAACAGACUGGAACAUGACCGUAUAUGGCUCCCCGUCCCCAUAUGAGCGUGGAGAGGCCAGUCAGGUUCUGCCCAUUGCGCUGCAUAACCUCACCCCAAACUACAUCUCCAUCAUCGGUAUCGGAGCUAUAGCUGCUGCCGUGAUGUCAUCAACGGACUCUGCUCUAUUGUCAGCCGCCUCCAUCUUCACAUACAACAUCUAUAAGAACAUCCUGAGGACCAAGGCAUUGGAUCGGGAGCUCCAGUGGGUGAUCCGUGUCACUGUGGUGUUGGUGGGCUUGGCUGGCACAUCACUCACCUUCCUACACAACAGCAUCAUGGUUUUCUGGAUCCUGGGCUCAGACAUAACCUACACCAUCAUGUUCCCUCAGCUCGUCUGCGUGCUCUUCUUUAACAUCUGUAAUGGCUAUGGCUCCAUCAUAGGCUUACUAGUUGGAGUGUUGUUGAGAGUGCUGAGCGGCGAGCCAUUGAUAGGGUUGCCUAUUGUUCUCCACUUCCCGGGUUGCACUCUUGAGGAUGGCAUAUAUGUCCAGCGCUCUCCUGUUAGGACCAUCUGCGUGUUGUCCACCAUCUUUGCCACUUUGUUGUUCUCCUACCUGUCUUCCCUGUUCUUCAAUAAAGAACUGAUUCCUGAGAAGUGGGACGUAUUUAAAGUGAAAAGCCACAAACCACAGAAAGAAAUAUUAAUGAGUAAUGGAACCACCAAAGCAGAUGAGGAGGAGAAACCUGAAGUUCAGAAUGAGACUGAAUUAACGUUGACCAGAAAUCAGCAGGACUGAAAGAGAAAUGAUUUAAUGGGAUGCUAACAUGUUUUGUAUGGAGCUAUAUUAUCAUGUCUCUAUUUUUAUACCAAAUACUUCUUUGUAAAAUUAACAUCAUGGCCACGGGAUGGUGUAAGAAUUCAUUUUUUGUAACUAGUGCAUUUGUUAGUGAAUUUAUAAUAAUUGCUUUGGCAGUGGUGGAAAGUAACUAAAUACAUUUACUCAAGUACUGUACUUGUACUACAAUUCUGAGAUACUUGUACUUUACUUGAGUAUUUCCAUUUUCUGUUACUUUAUACUUCAACUUCACUUUAUUUCAGAGGGAAAUAUUGUAUUUUUUACUCCACUUAAUUGAUUUAAUAACUUAAGUUGCUAGUUACUUUGCAGAUUCAGAUUAAUAAUACAAAACAUAAUCAACAAAUACAUGUAUGUAUGUAUUAUUAUUAUUAUUAUUAUUAUUAUAGGUUAAGAUAAGACUGUAUUGAUCUCUGAGGGGACAUUCACAAGCUACCCAGCAGUAUAUACAAUUUAGCUGGCACAUUAAAGUGAUAAACAUAUUGAUGUAUCAAUAAUUAUAAUCCAAUAAUAACAAUAAAACAUUGUUCUGAAAUUGGCCAUUCUGCAUGAUGAGUACUUUUGGUACUUGGAGUAUAUUUUGAUGCUUAUACUUUUGUACUUUUACUUAAGUAAAAUUUUGAAUGCAGGUCUUUUAUUUGUAACAAAGUAUUUCUACAGUGUAGUGUUGCUACUUUUACUUAAGUAAAAGAUCUGAGUACUUCUUCCACCACUGUACUUUGGUGUAAUUUCUUUAAUUCUAUUUUAAUGGGGUUUGAUUAACUGAGCCUGUUGACUUUUGUUACUGGUACAUGAUACUGAUGUAAUUUUAUGUUUAACUAUCAAACAAUCAGUAAAAGCCCAAAUAAGUUGGGAAGUAAAUAAAUGAAACAGUGAAACAGUCUCUAAAUGUAUAGUCAAAUAUGGGAUGAAUAGAAUUGCUGGAUAAAUCUAUAGACCUACGCCUCCCUCCCAUGUUGUGAUACCCACGCCUUGUGCCAGCAUUCAACAGAAUGGAAGUACUGGUACUUCAGGUAUUUGCCCAUAUGCUUACCAUUAUUUUUUGUCAUACACUGUGCGUGUUUUAGCAUGUUACUGGCACAAGAUGCCCUUUAUUAUAGGUAACAAUCAGUGCCUGGGUGUUGUGUUACUCUCAGAAUCCUUCCAGGAAUCACAACUUACCCAGUGUUGUUCAUAAGAGAAUGAAGUGAAAUUAAGUUUGUUAUAUUAUCUCAUGUUUUAAGGUUUAGGCCUAUGUCUGAUUUGGUGAUGUAUCCUAUACAGCCAUGUAUGGGCAUGUGGUUGAACAUUAUCCCACUUAACAUAAUAAAGUUUUCAAGUAAGUUGUGUUUAACAUCUAA